AUGCGCUCUCUUUCUCUCUCUUUCUCUCUCUCUCUCUCUCUCUUUCUCUGUAAGUGUGAUGCAUUUUCUCUACUUCCUCCUUUUGGAGUGGCUAGGCUGAAUACCAGAACACAGGAUAUGCUUGACAGUGCUCUCAGUUCCACAGCAGCAGCAGCAGCAGCAGUCGUGAGGACGACGCGCUCUGCAGUCGAGAUGAGUGCUGGGGAUGUGGUCUGCACCGGCUGGCUCAUCAAAUCUCCCCCUGAGAAGAAAUUAAAGAGAUUUGCGUGGAGAAAACGCUGGUUUGUGCUUCGAAGAGGUCGAAUGAGCGGCAAUCCCGACGUGCUGGAGUACUACCAAAGUAACAACUCCAAAAAGCCGAUCCGCACCAUCGACCUGAGGGAGUGUGAGGUGGAAAUGCUCAACGGGCAGCUCCGGAUAAAGCGGGACUUCCACGGGAAGCACCUCUUUGUGGUCAAGACCUCAUCUCGCGUUUUUUACCUGGUGGCCAAAACUGAGGAGGAGAUGAACAACUGGAUCAGCAGCAUCAGUCAAAUUUGCCAGUUUGCGAGCCUGGAGGAUGCAGAAAGUUCAGAAGAGGGCUUUCCUCACACCCCCACAUCCAUUCAUCCGUCUCCCGACAGCUCUGACCGAAUGUCCCUGUCGAGCCACCCAGAUUCCAGUUACCCGCUGGAUUACCUCCUCCUCUCGCAGUGUGAGACGGGGAGUGUAAGCACUUCUAGACAAGACAGCUUUUCAAACUCGGAGAUCUCUCUGGACCAGAAGUCAUCGGAAGACCCCUUCAAGGACAUCGUCCCCUCACCUCUUUACACCGGGUCCUUGGGAUCCUCCAGUUUUCAUGCCAGCCCGAGCCCCUCUUUUCUCCUCCAUGGAAGGUCGACGAACCCUCCUUUCAGCGCUCCAUGCGCAUCCGUGGCUCUGCCGUCCUCCUCGUCCUCUCCCGUGGGUCAGGGAGCCCAAAGUAUCUUCCGGUUCGACAAACCUUAUUCUUCGGCGUCUUGCGAGGCCACGAGUGACAGACAUACGCCUCCUGCGCUGCCUCCCAAGUCUAAUAAUCACCCGUCGGAGCAGCUGAGUGAUGACGGAGCUCACAGGCCGAGGGCAACGGGUGCACAGCAUUUCUCAAACCAACCUGCGGUGUUUCUCCGGAGGACCUCUUUGACAAGCCUGGAUCACUUCAGAAUUGCAAAUGCCGAUAGCAGAGCGAUGAGAAACCGGAGGCAGAGUCUUAAUCUGCCCCGUGUAAAUACCACCCGCGUUCAAAGCUUCCAGGACGAGUACGUGCCCAUGACUUCCCCGUCUCCCUCGGUCAGCGCCACUGAUGGUGAUGGCUACAUCCCCAUGAGCCCCAGGACGCUCGGUUUUACGAGUACAAACUGCAACGGCGAGUCCCCCGCGGCGCUCGGACCCCUGACGUGUCUACCUGGGGAUCUUGAACCGCCCCCCGUUCACAGGCAUCUCAAGCCUCGCCUGAGGAGAACUCGACCUCCACCUCUUGAUUUGAGUGGCCUCUCUACAAUCACUGAGUGUCCAACUCAUCUUCUUUUGAGCAGAGCAAUGAAUGAAUCCUGCUUUUCAGUAAACGGUGUUCCCCUUGAAAGAAGAAUGGAGAAUGGGGACAAACCAAAGGAUGAAGACACAAACUGCCCUGCAAUGGAGUCCAGGCCAACCUUCUCUCUCUCCUUUGAUGGAAUGCCUCAGCCAUCAAUGAGAAGAUCUAACCUGGACUAUUUGUCACUGGAUUUCAAUUCUGCGUCCCCGUCUCCUGUACAGAAGCAGAAGCCUUUUCUGUCGGAUGAGUACAGAGUCGACUACGUGCAGGUGGAUGAGAAGAAGACUCAGGCGCUGCAAAGCACAAAAAUGGAGUGGACCGAUGUGCGGCAGUCAAAAACAUAAAUGGAGCUAAUAUGAUAAGAAAAAAGUCAAUACCACUUGGUUUGACGAAGACCACAAUACCACCAGCGAGGAGGACCCGAAAACAAAUUUAAAAGCACUUUGAAAAACAGUCUUGAAAUAAAAGUACAAGACUAUGUGAGCAGUUUGAUGAUUGUAUGUGCGGUGAGACACAAUUUCACUGAACAAAAUGUUUUCUCUCAGUUAAUCAGUAUUGUAAAUAAUACCAGAUUUUGCACUGUAACAUUUUCUACUGUAGCAUUAUUUUUUACCAAAGAGCUUGUUUUUUCUGCAUCGUUAAACUUGCUGGAGAUUUAAUGUGAAUAUAUUUGUAAAUAAGACAAAUAUUUGAAUGAUGAUUAUUUUUACAGCGUUCUCCUUCUGAUCAUUCUGUCACCCACACUGAAGAUUUUUUUUCACUGGUUUUGGUGCUGUCAUUACUCCCAAGUGAUUCUGGGCACAUGUCAUUAACAUUAUUCAAUUCUUCAAUAUCACUGCUAUUCAAAAUGCAAUGGAGGCAAAUCAUCAUUAUUGUCAUGAACACUGUCAAUGUUUUUUGGACAUUUUUAAUGUAUUGUCUUUUGGUUAUUUAUUUAAUUGUAUAAUCCC